CCCCCGUUUGGCCACUAAACGGAAAUCUGCUUCACCGUUGGCGCACUUCCUUCCUGGAGGACAGCAGCGGCUGUUUCCGGUUACACGAGAGAGAGAAACACGGUAAGAAUCUGAGAAAACUGUUUAAAAAGAACCGUAAAAAGAACCGGGGAGCUACGGUUCUCCUGAGUCCGGGGGGAGAGGCUGUGGAGACGGACUGACAUGGAGGCAGAGUGCCGGGAGAUCGAUGAGACCGGGAGCUGGAGCGCCGUUUAUCAGGAGAUCCGACAGCAGUCGUGUGAGCUGCCGUGUAAAGUUGCCAAAUUGCCUGAAAACAAGAACAGGAACCGUUACAGAGACGUCAGCCCGUUUGACCACAGUAGAAUAUGUCUACAGUUUGGUACCAACAACUACAUCAAUGCCAGCCUGAUCCCAGUGGAGGAGGCGCAGAGGAACUACAUCCUCACUCAGGGCCCUCUCCCCAACACCUGUGGGAGCUUCUGGGAGAUGGUGUGGGAGCAGAGGAGUCGAGGCGUGGUGAUGCUCAACAGAGUCGUGGAGAAAGGAUCCAUUAAAUGUGCUCAGUACUGGCCUCAGAGAGAGGAAAGAGACGCCGUGUUCGAAGACACCAACUUCAAACUCACCUUCGUCUCCGAGGACGUGAAGUCUUAUUACACCGUGAGGCAGCUGGAGCUGGAGAACCUCUCGACUGCAGAGACUCGAGAGAUCCUCCACUUCCACUACACCACCUGGCCAGACUUCGGGGUCCCCGAGUCCCCCGCCUCCUUCCUGAACUUCCUGUUUAAGGUGCGAGAGUCGGGCUGUUUGACCUCCGAGGGUCCGGUGGUCGUUCACUGCAGCGCCGGCAUCGGACGCUCCGGGACCUUCUGCCUGGUGGACAGCUGCCUCCUGCUGAUGUCGGCCCGUAAGGACCCGUCCUCGGUGAGGAUCCGGGAGGUUCUGCUGGAGAUGAGGCGGUACCGGAUGGGUUUGAUCCAGACGGCCGAUCAGCUCCGGUUCUCCUACCUCGCCGUCAUCGAGGGCGCCAAAUACAUCGGGGGGGACACCAGUCUGCAGGAGUCGUGGAAGGAGCUUUCUAAGGAGGAAGACGAGCCUCCAGAGUUCACCCCUCCUCCUCCUCCUCCUCCCCCCAGAGACCCUCCCGUCGACCGGGUGGAGUCGAGCUUCUUCCCCGAACACCAAGAGGUCCUCCAGCAGAUGCAGACAUGCAGCCUGGGGUCCUCUCAGGAGCCGGAGCUGAGGAAGAGGAACCUGGCUGCUCCUCUCCCUCCUCUUCCUCCUGCUGACGUCCUGAUGGAGGAUCCUCCGUCUCCUGCUCCUCCAAAACCCCCUCGACAGCAACAGCAUCUGGAGAAGGAGAAGCUGGAGGAGGAGAAGCUGGAGAAGGAGAUGGAGGAGAAGGAGGAGAAGAUGGAGGAGAGUUUUGAGGGGCCUCUGGAGGAGUUAGACCCCCCUAAAGACCCCCAGAGUCCUGGUUCUUGGCCCCUCCUCACCAACGUGUGCCUGGUCUCAUUUCUGGCAGUCGGAGCGUACGUCUGCUACAGAGCCUGCUUCCACUGAGGAGAGCAACCCAACAUUUGGGGGAAGAAUACAAUUCAUUUCAAUUCAUUUCAAUUCAUUUCAUUUCAUUUCAACGUGAAAUCUGGAAAGAACGUUGAAAAUAUAUUCCAAAAAAAAUAUUCAACGUUUUUGAUCGUUGAUUUAAAAAAUACAGUCAAAUUACAACAUUUCAAACUAAAAGCAAGUAUUAGAAAAGUGUUUUCAAGCAUUUUAAUAAUCUUUUUCACGUUUAUUUAUGUCUUCAUAUUUCAGUCAUUAUUUUAUUUUCCAGAUUCAGAACUUUUUUUUUCUCGUAUUUUUCGCUUUCAGAUUUUAUGAUGUUGCGUUUGGGGGCGGGACUUACGCCAUGAGUGACAGGUCUUAUAUCUAGUCACGUUGCCUUCAAGGAACCAUAAACCACACAACUAUUAUUAUGACUCAAAUAUCAGAAUAUAGAUAAAAGAGAAAUAUAAAAAAACAUUUUAUUACUACGAACGAAAUCCAAAUAAUAUUCAACCAAAAAAAACAUUUUAAUAAUUAUUUUUUCUUUGAAUUAUUGUAUUUUUCGAAGCUCGUGAUCAAAACUGUUUGCCCAGAUUCGUGUGUGUGUGUGUGUGUGUGUGUGUGUGUGUGUGUGUGUGUGUGUGUGUGUGUGGUGUGUGUGUGUGUGUG